AUUGAAGAGAUUUAAAAUGAGCCCCACUCACUCCCUGAACAGAACUCGCCCAUUAUUUCAUAAAAAUAUUUAUAAAUGAGUUCUAAAUAUUGAUUUAAUUAGGUGUUUGAAUCUGUUAUGGCUUGGGUAAAAAAUGAUUUGGCUCGGAUGAAACAUUUGCCAGAAUUGCUCACUCAGGUGCGAAUGCCUUUAUUAACACCUCAAUACCUAACUGAUCAUGUUGCUACUGAAGAGUUAAUCAGAACUUCACAUCAAUGUAGAGAUUUGCUGGAUGAGGCAAAAGAUUACCACCUAAUGCCUGAAAGACGGCCAUUGUUACAGAGUUUCAGAACACGUCCUAGAUGUUGUCCUGAUAUUAUUGGGUGUAUAUAUGCUGUUGGUGGACUCACAAAAUCAGGUGAUUCUUUAAGCACAGUGGAGGUAUAUGACCCUAAAAUUGGACGUUGGCAAAUGGCUGAGGCCAUGACAAUGUUAAGGAGUAGGGUUGGUGUAGCAGUCAUGCACAAUAAGUUGUAUGCUAUAGGUGGGUACAAUGGAACAGAACGACUGAGUACAGUUGAAGUCUUUGAUCCAGGUCAUCGUACUUGGUCUACUGCCGCAUCUAUGAAUUGUAAAAGAAGGUUUGUAAU